AUGAAUGACCGAGUAGGAGCACUUUUUAGCUGGGAUGAUGUGGAAGAGUCACAAAUCCGCUCAAGGGUCGGCAUCUCAUUCAUAUCCACUGAGAAAGCUCGUUCUUAUAUUCAAUCCGAAAUACCCUCAUGGGAUCUCAACGACACGGUGAAGUCGGCAGUAGAAGAAUGGAACCGAGACGUCUUUAGUAAAAUAAGGGUGCCCCUUGAUAGUACCACCAACCAGACACACGUGCGGCUACUAUACAGCUCCCUCUACUUUAUUCACUUGAUGCCAUCUGAUAGAACAGGAGAGAACCCACUUUGGCAUUCAGAGGAGCCCUUUUGGGAUGAUUUUUACACUCUUUGGGACAUCUUCCGGUGUACAAUUAGCUUCUAUCACAUAUUUCAGCCUUCUUACUACGAGUCAAUGAUCCGCGGCCUUAUUGAUAUUUGGAGACACCAAGGCUUCCUACCAGAUGGACGCUCCGGAAACUGGAAUGGACUGGUUCAGGGAGGCUCGGAUGCUGACAACAUGUUAGCUGAUGCAUACGUAAAAGGCCUUCGUGGCGCAAUCAACUGGACGGAUGGCUAUGCAGCAAUGAAAACAGAUGCUGAAGUUAUUCCCUACAAUACCUAUGAUCCCACAGACUUCUCCGCAAGCACGAAGGAAGGUCGCGGAGCCCUAGGAGACUGGAUUGAGCUGGGAUAUGUCUCGCAAGACCGGAACACACGCUGUAUCUCCAGGACUGUUGAGUAUAGCCUCAAUGACUUCGCGGUCAGUCAGGUUGCAGCGGGCGAGAUGCCCAGUGAUCGGGAGAAGUACCUCAAUCGGUCUGCAGGGUGGCAGAAGAUUUGGAAUCCAGACGUGCAGAGCUUAAAUUUCACAGGGUUUGUGGCACCGAAAUUUUCCAAUGGUACCUUCAACAGUAGUGGAUACGAUCCGUUAUACUGCGAUGAGUGCGAGUGGAAGUCCUAUACUUAUGAGGGUACACCAUGGGGUGAGUUGCUGUUAUUGUGCCUGGUCUAA